CAUCUGUAGAUGGCCAACGGAAGAUCGAAAACAUAUGUACACUGCUUGCACGAUUUUUUUCCUGGUUUUAUAAAAGUAAAUAACUGAUGCGCGCCUUUGCAAGGAAGGCUACGACCCGUGUCAGCGUACCUGUACGUUGAGUUGCCUGUUUCCAGGGGUCGUUCAACUAGAAGUACGAGUAUAGGUAAUUUAUUUCUCAUAUAUUUUAUUAACACUCUAUUAAAAUGCUAUAACAUUUUUAACAAGAAUUUGUCCAUCAAAUUUAUGCUGGAUCAAAUUACACUUGAAACCGAUCGCCAUUAGCAGAAGGAAGCACACUCGUCCAAACACUCCAUGGCGGGUUAUUUGGUACGUACCUUUGGUAAUACUUUUUACACUAUUAUUUAUACAUUUAUGUUCUCUUACGCACGGUCAAUACGUGGUUCAUGCGUUUUUAACGUGGCAUUUUCGUAUUAUAGUUCAAUUUUCCUACUUAAAAAGUAAAACAAAUGAAUCGUUGGAGAGUGAUUUGUUCUCACAAGAUCAAGGUAAGUAGUUCACUAAUGAUCGUUAUUUCACACUCGUAAUGAUUAUAACGAUAUUAUUAAAUAGUCCGCUUUGAACUAGUACGCAUCGUUUGUCUGCGGAUAGGAGUAAGAUAGCACUGUAAAAACUUUCUGUAUGCAUCGUUAUUCCGUGGCCGCUGGUUUCCCCAAUGGCUUCGCCUUCCUAUCGAAUUUCUUCUACACAUGGUUCGAGCCCGUCUUGUUCGCGUGAAGACGCUCGAUUAAACAAACAAAUAAAAAGGAAAAGAUGAGGGGUGUCAGGAAAAAAAAGAAAGAAAGUUGCUGAACACGUCGCGGAAGAUUUCCUUUGUUGACGUUCGUCCCACACUCCUACCCACGAGAACGGUUUCGUAGAAGGCAAUCGUGAUAUGUCGCCGUCAGACGCGGCGGAUCGUCAACAAUACGCUGGUCUGACAUAACCUUCAAAUCCCUCUGUGAUCGCAGUACGCUUCGGUGGCGUCAGGGUUUUAACGUCAACUGUCUCGAAUGUGUAGAACAAAAAAUCAUCAUCUUCGCAGCGGAUGCUUAGAAAUUUUUGGACUUUUUCACCGCACGUAAAUUCGAACACCUGCUCGAGUUUUAGCAUAACGAAAGUAUAAGCAAAAUUCAGUGACAUCGGUGACCUCCGUGUGGUCUAAAGUUAGCCGAGGAAAAAAGAACAUCGUUAACGUAAUUCUUAUAUAAAAAUUCAUAGAUUGCUAAGUUAGACAAAAUAUACGCAACUGAUCGAAAUAUGCUCUUUAAAUAACAACAGACCCAUUGCAAAAGCAAAUUUCACCUAACCGAAUAAGAGAAAGCUUUCUGUCCGCUGUUUCUAAAUUCCGUUCCUCUGUUGUACAGCUUGCCAGCGAACGUGUUUAAAUGUGGGCGUCGUCAAUAGAUAUACAGAAGCCGUCGAAGGCAAACGUUUACAUUUAAAUCGUAUAUGGUCGCAAUGCACUUGGCAACCACUUUCAAUCGGUUGGUCGUUAUUUUCGUCUCCUCGAUUCUUCAAUUAGGUGAAGCGGUUGAGCGUCUCUCGUUUCUAUUAGUGCGCAUUAAGGUGACGCAAGAACAGCGUUAGUUCAAGGUGCAUUCCUAGAAAAUUGGUAAACGACUGGCUCGGUAACACUUUCACCGAGACGGAGAUGGGUGUACGCUCGACACUCGUGAAACGACACGUCGCUGCAACGGUAACAGAAGUUUGCAGUUGGAAUCUGGAUUCUUCGCUCGUCUGGUAACUUCUGUGGCCAAGUGCGCGCGAAUUUAGUUUGCCGCUCAAGGUCGCGUCCUCGACCGCGAAUGACGUCACCGGCUACCCUUUUAACCCACGGGUUACGCCGUCUUCCAUAUCGAACAGACCUAAACUGUACAGUGGGGUCAACCUCUUAUUGACUUUUGAGCGACCUGUUGAACUUACGACCACGACAAACUCAAACGCGUAUGAUGAUAAGGGCUCGUUAGUAUGCUGGAUAAGCGGCGGCUCCAUGCCUCUGGUUCAUCGCCAUGCACCCUGGUUUUCAUGGCUGCUCUGGCGCUGACUGGAUGUUUUUCAUUCUGGUUGCACAUCGACGGAUCCAGGUCCCCAACGCCGUACGCCGUUGGUCCGUCGUUGCCAGGAUAUCUGCUCAUAUAUCCUGGAAACGCGACACCCUCCUCCCAGCCGUACUUAAUGAACGAGCUUCCACCCGAUGACAGGUCCACGUUGAUCGACAUCAAGGACUUUAGGUUCACGAUCAAUCACGAUACGUGCAACAGAACGCAACCGUUUCUGUUGAUGCUGAUACACUCCGCGCCGGAGAACACGCUGAAGAGGGCCAUAAUCAGGGAGACCUGGGGCCAGCAGACCCAGGACGUGGCGUUACACUUUCUGGUUGGCUCAUCCGCGGAGCACCAGGCCAACCUGGACGAGGAGAAUAGGAGAUACAAAGAUUUGGUACAAGGCAACUUUCACGAUGUCUAUAGAAACAUGACUUACAAGCAUGUGAUGGCGUUGAAGUGGGCUACGUAUCAUUGUCCAAGUGCCAAAUAUAUACUUAAAUUAGACGAUGAUGUUUUUGUUCAUAUGCCUGCCAUGUUGGAUUUCUUGAACCGCGAUCUAUCGCCUUGGGGUGCCAGACGGCUGAUUCUUUGCGAUCUCCUCCCAAUGGGUAACGUCAAGAGAUCCUAUCGUUCCAAGUGGAGAGUAUCACCCCAGGAAUAUCCUGGUAGACAUUAUCCCACUUAUUGUGCCGGAUGGGCCAUAUUGUACUCUCCCGAUAGCGUAUUCCUUUUGUAUCGCGAAGCUCAGAAGGAGCCAUAUUUCUGGAUCGACGAUAUCCACAUUACAGGGACGUUAGCUAGGAAAGUAAAUUUAACGCAAACCUCUCUGCAUGACUGGGUGCUAAACAACGAGAACAUGCAGGACCUUCUGUCCAAUCCGAGUUCUCGUAAGGACUUUCUGUUCGGACCUCCGAAUUUAACGGGAAACGAAAUAAGAGUUUUACAGAGUCUGGUCACUAAACCACGGCCUAGCAGCGAAAGCCUAUUAAACUGAAACACAUUUCGGUCAUAGCGUACGAAACUUUUCGUUUUACCGCAACAGAAGAACUCUGGUGGCUAAUAUUUGUCCUGCUUCUCGCAGAGUCUCAAUUUUGUCUAGCCAUAAAUUCCUUGGACAUGUGUGUUCAAUUCUUUUGCACAGUAUUUAAGUAUUAUAUUAUAUCACAGGGACUUUCACGUCGAAUCGCGCAUUUAUUUAUAGCAUUCUGUUCUCCUGUAAUUAUUACACAGCGAGAGAGAAAGUGUACAUAUGUGUGUCUAUUUCUUUUGAAAUAGAGAAUACGCGCGUCCCUCGACUUACGCGACACUUUUUAUAUGUUCAGUCUUGUCGUGUAUAGUCACGUACGCAUAAUAGCACACGUCCUAUAAAUUCAUAAACCUCACGAACCGUAUUGAAAGUAUAUCAACUUCAUAAUCAUUAUCAUAUUCACCACUUAUCUCUUAUAAGCUUAUCCACGAUUAAUGUAAAUUUGUUAAGCUUCGGAUUGUUGCGGCUAAACGUACUAUACAGAUUUUAGUAUCUUUAUCAUCUUUAUGUACGUGGUUUUUUUUUUUUUUUCUGUGUAAGAAAAAAUGCGGCAUGGAACGUACUUUCUGCUUAAAUCGAGGGGCGAAUGUAUUUAGGUUUUAAUGGAACGCGUUUGAAUUAAGACUUUUUUAAGGGUGUCCGGUUCGAUGUGAAAUACGCCAUGUCAACGCACUACAAUAUUUGUACAUAUUAUUUGUCUAUAUUUGUGAUUCAUUUACACAUAAUUAACGACUUAAGUAAUCCUUUUUUGGUGAUUUGGAUGAUUGAAAAAUGGAUGCAAGACUCAUAACAAUUAAUACUUUGUAGGAACAGUGGGUUAAAUAUCACGCGAUGAAAGUAAAUGAUGCGAAGAUUAAUGGGUAAUCAGAUUCACGAGAGAAAAGAUUUAUCGAUAGAGUGUGUUUUACAAAAUGUGGGCAUAACUUCGGAUGUGACGCAAAUAUAAUAAGAACAUUUGUAUCCUCGUCAUUGUAUAUUGUUCUUAAGAGAAUGAAUUAAAGUGAUUCAUGUGUCAUCGUAAAAA